AUGGAAACAUUUACAUCAAAUGAUGAAAUUAGCUUAGGCUUUUAUUUAUUGACACAACUUUUCACUAAAUCUUGCUUUAUCCAUACAGGUUUUAUAGUGCAGUGUGAGAAAAGCACUCCUGUGAAUUAUUUCUGGUACCGAAACACUCUGAACAUCACACCAGACAUUGAGACCAGCGGUUCACUGCAAUGGUGGAUGGUGGUCUGUUUGGCCACCUCCUGGUUUAUACUUUACUUCUGCUUCAUCAAAGGCAUUAAGUCUGUUGGAAAGGCAGUUUAUGUGACAGCCACAUUCCCUUACUUAGUGCUGACCAUCUUCCUGAUCCGUGCCCUCACCCUACCUGGAGCCACUGAUGGUUUGGUUUACCUUUUCACUCCCAAUUGGGAAACCUUAAAGGACCCACAGGUGUGGCUGGAUGCUGCCACCCAGAUYUUCUUUUCUCUUUCUGUGGCGUUCGGAGGUCUCAUAGCUUUCUCCAGCUAUAAUGCAGAAAGAAAUAACUGUGAGAGGGACGCUGUUCUUGUAGGAGUAAUAAACAGCGCCACAUCUCUCUACGCAUCCAUCCCCAUUUUUUCCAUACUGGGAUUUAAAGCCACAAACGGAUUUAACRCUUGCCUAAAAGAGAACAUCCUGACUCUGACCAACCACUUUGAGAUUUCAGAUCAAAACAUGACAUUGGACAACUACAAUAAAUGGUAUGAAUAUUUAAAUCAGAGCUAUCCAGAUGUUGUAUCCAAUUUGUCACUGAGGGAAUGUGACCUACAAACAUUUCUUGACAAGAGUGCUUCAGGUACUGGCCUGGCUUUUAUUGUGUUCACGGAAGCUGUCUUGGAGAUGCCUGGCUCACAGAUAUGGGCCAUAUUGUUCUUCGUCAUGCUCUUCAGCCUGGGUCUCUCCUCCAUGUUUGGCACCAUUGAGGCCAUCCUCACACCCAUCAAUGACCUCAAACUAUUUCCCAAGUGGAUCCCCACUGAACUUGUGACAGGAAUUGUCUGUUUUAUAUCCUUCGUGAUGUCUCUGACAUUCGCUCAGGGUUCAGGAAACUACUGGGUGGAGGUCUUUAGUAGCUAUGUGGGCUCUGUACCUCUGCUCAUCAUUGCAUUAUUUGAGGUUGUUGGAGUCAUUUACAUUCGUGGAAUGAAAACUUUCAGUAAUGACAUUCAUUUCAUGACUGGGAGGAGGCCCAACAUCUAUUGGAAGGUGUGUUGGAUGGUGGUUAGUCCAGUCAUGCUCCUGGUGGUGUUAGUUGCUUAUGUGGCCAAGAAGGCAGCCAAAUAUCCGACUUAUUCAGCGUGGAACCCAAACUAUGAAUAUUUCCCUCAUACUGAGGUGAAGUCAUAUCCAGAGUGGGUGUUCGUCAUAAUUGUACUCCUCUGUGUGCUGCCUGUUAUUUCCAUCCCCCUAGUGGCUCUAAAAAGACUGAUCCACUCCAGAAUCAGAAGGUCGYCGACCCGAGCUGACSCCAACCCSCACAGCAAUGAGAGCUUUGAGGUUGAGACACAGAAACAGAGGACUCAAGAUGUUUAAGAGAGCAAGGAAAGAUCCUACAGCAAAGAACAGCCUGAUGGAUAUCGACACUGAAAUCAAA